UUAAAAACUUCAGCAGGAUGGCGCGGAAACUUGUCACAUCACCGUCAGAGAGCUAAAGUGCUUUUUAUGUCGCUUGUUUAGGGUUUCCAGCGCCGUCACUUGGUGGCCCACCGACGUUUUUAAAAAAUGAGUGUGUUGGAGGUGAAGUUUGUCGGAGACCGGGAUGUUUUGGAGCACAUCGUGGACAAACAGGAAGGGCUGCAGGCCAGCAGCGCCGGCUCGGUCCAGAAGAUGGUCACGUUCAAGGGCCGCGCUGCUGGUGCGCAUUCGUGCCGGCGGGGCCGCCGGGAGGACGCGGGGCAGGACGGGGAUGAAGAUGAAGAGGAUGGGCUCCUGGAUGAGCAGAAUUACGUCCGAACUUUAGGAACAGGUGACGCAGAAGAGGAUGAACAUGGUUUGUCGAGAGUGGCCGGAUCCGCCAUCUUCACGUUCCAGAAGGUCAGACGUGGUCACAGCAUGGCCCAGACCGCCAGUGAACUGGCCCGGACUCCUGGGAAGAGCGUCCGAGCCAGCGUGGAACCCUCCACUCCCACCCGGACAGGACACGACCCCAGAGGAGAAGGCAGGACCCCGCGGAGGAGCAAGAGGGUGCAGUUUGUGUCCACGACUCCACACCGGCUCAGGAAGAGGCUGUCUACCCCGAGUCUCCGGUCAGACAGCGACAGCGAGCUCUCUCCCUCCGACUCCGGAGAGGAUGAGGAGGAGGAGGAGGAGGAUGGUGAUGGUCCAGAGCACCAACAGAGAGUAAAGAGAGACGACCAGGAGAAGCUGAAGAACCCCAGAACUCCCGGGCGAGGCUCGGCCGCCGCAGCGCUGUACAGGACUCCUGCCAAGAGGAGACGCGGCGCGGCGGGGGCUCAGACCUGCAUGGUGGAGGAAUACUUCGAGGCCCACGGCAGCUCCAAGGUCCUCACGUCAGACCGCACCCUGGAGCGCAUGCACACCUCCAAGCUGGACCGGGAAACUUUGGUUCGUUUGUUGGAAGAAAAACCUUCCUGUUAUGCAAAAGAGAUCCAGCAGCUGCACGACAAACACCGGCAGCACUUCAGCAAGUGGAUGCUGCAGCUGCGGCUGGGCUUCAACGUGCUGCUGCACGGCCUGGGCAGCAAGAAGGCUCUGCUGGAGGACUUCAGGACGUCUCACCUGGCCAACCAGGUCCACCUGGUGGUCAACGGCUUCUUCCCCUCCAUCACGCUCAAAUCGAUCCUCAACGCUGUGACGUGUGAGGUUCUGGAUCACCAGGGAAGCUUCCGGACCCCCUCGGACCAGAUCCACUUCAUCACCCAGAGCCUCAACGACGACCCAGACCUGCACGUGUUCCUGCUGGUCCACAACCUGGACGGGCCCAUGCUGCGAGGGGAGAAGGUCCAGAGCUCGCUGGGCCAGCUGGCCGCCCUGCCCAACCUGCACUUAGUGGCCUCCCUGGACCACAUCAACGCUCCGCUAGUGUGGGACCAGUUCAAGCAGAGCCAGUUCAACUGGCUGUGGUGGGAGUGCGUGACGUUCCAGCACUACGGCGAGGAGACGUCCUACGAGAACUCCCUGCUGGUGCAGCAGACCGGCGCUCUGGCCCUGUCCUCCCUCACUCACGUGCUGCGCAGCCUGACGGCCAACGCAAGAGGAAUCUUCAAACUCCUGGUGAAGUUCCAGCUGGAGAACACGGACAACCCUUCCUACGCAGGAUUGUCCUUCCAGGAUUUCUACCAGCGCUGUCGGGAGGCUUUCCUGGUGAACUCUGACCUCACGCUGAGGACUCAGCUGACGGAGUUUAAAGACCACAAACUGAUCCGGACACGCAAGGGAGCCGACGGAGUGGAAAACCUGCUGGUCGCCGUGGAUACAAGCACUUUGAUGGACUUCCUGGAGAACGAGGAGGGGGACUGAGAAAACACUGGAGUCGUGAACUUGGUGGAGUCACUGAGACGAGGGACGGCUGCAUCUGGUCUGGAGACGCCGGCUUCAGGGUCGGCCCGUCGGAGCGCUGCUUUCACCUGCACGUGCACCCGCCCAUCACUUCUGGGUCAUUAAAAGCAACACUUGGACUUCUGUUAUUGCUGGUUACUGUCUUUAAUUAAAGAAAUAAAUUCACGCAUUUAGCAAAACAUUCGUUCUUUUGUUCUUACGAAGCAGGUAGACAUGCGGCAUUAAAAACAAGAUGCAUAAUGAAAACCGUCCACCACUUGAACAGAUUUAGAACUGCUCCACUAAGAGAAGAGGUGGCUCAAUCUGUGGUGCAUUACAGACCAAACGUGACGGGAGACGCGAGUCCCGGAGACGGGACUCCCGGAGGGUCCUGAGGCUGAGUUUGGGGGACGAAGGA